AUGCAGGUGGUCCUUGAAGACGCGGAGCGUGUGGAGAAGCAUGUUCUCAAUUUCAAGGGCUCGAUCAAGGGUCAUCGCGUGCUCAACUGCAACAGAUUGGCUUCUCUGGUUACCAGAAGUGCCGCACUCCGAAUGCUUGCAUAUGGCACGACCGCUGAUUCGUGGGACGAGUACCUACGAAUGUCUGAGAGAACAUGCGGAGAUGCCAUGGUCAAGUUUGCAACUGCCGUGGUCGAGGUGUUCGGACCUCAGUACAUGAGAGAACCAACUGUGGCAGACAUCGAGAGGCUCCUGGCAAUCACAGAAGCAAGAGGGUGGCCAGGUUUGUUUGGAUCUCUUGACUGCAUGCAUUGGAAAUGGAAGAACUACCCGAAGGCUUUACAAGGGCAAUAUCAGGGUCAUGUCAAGAAGCCCACCAUCAUUCUUGAAGCAGUUGUAUCACAUGAUCUUUGGAUUUGA